AAUUAAUAAUAAAUGACGGUAGGAAUGAAAGUUAGACGUUUUGGCUCUACAAGAACCAAGCAGUGGCAGAGAUGGGUAACUGAUGGUUGCUGUAUUUAUCUCACUUUACUGAAAAGAAAUUGUAAAGCGAGACACUCUGAUGGUUGGUUAAAAACGCUUUCUUUUUUGACAAGACUCUGAAGAUGGCCCGCCGUCGCUGCCCGAUGCUCUCUUUCAUAUUUCUUCUUUUUUUGUUUGGAGGCUGGUUCUACACCUUAACGGUUGCGAACCAUGAUAGCUGUCGGCGUCUAAAGUUCUUGCAACAGAAAGAUGGAUAUGGAUUAGUGGGCCACGUCUUUAAAAACAUUGUAUUACCAGUCGGAAUGCAUAUAUAUAGUCACUGCAGAAAUUGGUGUACUAUGCAAGACAGAUGUAAAUCGAUCAACAUAGGACCCGCAGGAGAAAAAGAUAAAGUUUUGUGUCAAUUGAGUGACUCGGACCACCUACAACACCCAAAUGAUUUGAAACCGAUGGCAGGUUUUGUGUAUAGGGGCACGGAGAACAAGUGUUGUUUCAACAUGUGCUACAACAAUGCAACUUGCUCAGUUGGAUUUACUGACAAGGGAUACAAGUGUGUGUGUCCACCUGGUUACAAGGGAGACCACUGUGAAAAAGGCAAGAGUUACUUUGCAGGUGCGCUCUAA